UAACUCCCUGUUGUACCUCCUAACAAUAAAGUCGUGUACAAAAUUGGGGUCCGCAGCGCGCAUGCGCUAUAUUAGGCAACUUGACAGAACACCACGCGUUCAUACAAUUCACUUAUACAUAUUAAAAUAAUAUUAAAUAUAAAUUACAGUGAAAAUGACAGAAGAAAAAACGGAACUACCGAACGCUGAGACAAUUGGGUUACUGGAGAAGAAGGGAACUGGUAAUAACGGUAUGGCAGAGGUGGGGGUGUCACAGUCGGUGCUUGUGGAGCCUCGGGAAGAAGGCGGGCGGAAACUACCACAGUAUAUAGCUGCUUUAUCAGCGACCCUAGGCGCUUUGGCUGCUGGCUCAGUGCUAGGAUGGUCAUCACCAGUUAUAUACAAAAUAACUCAGGCCAAUAGCACCGAAUAUGCCUUUGAUGUAUCCAGUAGCCAGGGAGACUGGGUUUCCUCUCUUGUCAACCUCGGUGCUGCAGCGGUUUGCUUUCCCAUUGGGCUCAUUAUGGAUGCAAUCGGCCGGAAAACAACCAUGCUGUUGUUGGUCAUACCCUUUACUCUUGGAUGGCUAUUAAUAACCCUAGCGACGAAUGUAGGAAUGCUUAUGGCGGGAAGGUUUAUUACUGGUGUGGCUGGUGGUGCCUUUUGCGUUACAGCCCCCGCAUAUACUAGUGAAAUAGCUCAAGAUUCUAUAAGAGGCAGUUUGGGCAGUUUCUUCCAGUUGAUGGUUACAGUUGGUAUACUAUUUGCUUAUGCGGUAGGAAGUUACACUUCAGUGUUGAUAUUCAACAUCCUGUGUACAUUGAUACCUAUAAUUUUCGGAGUCAUAUUCUUCUUCAUGCCCGAAAGUCCGAAAUAUCUGGUAAAUAAAGAAAAAUUUGAUAACGCGAAGGAUGCUUUGAUAAAAUUACGCGGCAGCAAUUACGACGUCGACAGUGAAUUGAACUUGCUGCGUGAGAAAUAUGAAGAGUCAAUAACUAAUAAAGUGUCAUUUUUGUCAGCGAUCACCAAAAAGACAGCGCUGAAGGCAAUCCUGAUAUGUUACACUCUAAUGAUCAUCCAACAAUUGUCGGGUAUUAACGCGGUAAUUUUCAACACCUCACAGAUAUUUGACAGCUCUGGCGCAACGAUACCCGCUGCCAUCGGGACGAUUAUUAUCGGCGUCAUCCAAGUGAUCGCUACGCUAGUGUCCAGUCUGGUUGUUGACAAGUUAGGCAGACGUAUACUUCUCCUCUUCUCCGUCCUGGUUAUGUGCUUGUGCUCCACGGCUCUUGGUGUCUUCUUCUUCUUGAAGGACACUCACGGCGGGGAGUCUUCGAUAGUUCAGGCUAUAUCGUGGCUGCCGCUAUUAUCUCUGUCUCUUUUCAUCAUUGCUUUCUCUCUCGGUUCGGGGCCGAUCCCGUGGAUGAUGGCCGGUGACCUGUGCCUCAUCGACAUCAAAGCCUUCGUUAGUUCCACCGCUGGUACCCUUAACUGGUUGUUAAGUUUUACGGUUACCCGAACCUUUAACUCUUUGAAUACCGCUAUCGGUUCCGGACAAGUUUUCUGGAUCUUUGCUGGUAUUAUGGUCGCAGCUUUCAUAUUUAUAUUCUUCGUCGUACCUGAAACUAAAGGCAAGAGCGUCGAUGAAAUUCAACUGUUGUUGGGAGCGGAACAACAGCCACAGACUAACGGAGAAAAAAAAUAGACAAUCAUAGAGACUGAUGGUAUUAUUAAGAUUUUUAUGUAGUCUAUGGUUGAUGUGGUUGGUAAUUCUAAUUGUCUCCUGUGCGAGCUUCGUAAAUUACAUCCUUACCAAAGAUUAUUAUUUCGUCGAUGAAAAGAUACUACAGGAUAUUAAUUUAAAAUUUUAGUACUGGAGGCAGCUACUUUUUAUUAAUUAUUGGAACGUGAUAUUGUUAGCCGAUAAGUCUCAAUAAAUGAAAAAAAAAUUCAGCCACUUUCAUAGACAGUAAAAUAUCGGUUGCCAUAUCAAAAUUUUAUCGCAGCUUACAUUAUACCUUAUUUAUUGUAACUUUGUAUUAGAACUAGUAGGGCUAGUUAUUGUUGUUAGCAAAUUGUAAUACAGUAGAUAUAAGUUUUUUAAUGUAAAUUUAUUAAUUGCAAUAUUAUUAUAGAUAACAAGACUAGCAGCCAUUAUUUAUGAACAGUCUUAUGCGUUAAGAGCAAUGUUGAUUAUUUAUGCGAUGACAAUUAUUUAUUUUUAACCUGUAACUCUAUUAUUGUACAUCUGAACUCUUUUUUGUUUUUUUAUACACUUUGGAAAAUACUAGCAAUUUUCUACAUAUUGUUGAGAAUAUGUUUUAGAAUAAAUAAAUGUGUUAGUAUUGA